AUGUUGACUGAUCCCCAACCCCUACCAACAAUAAGACAUAAAUGCCAAUUCUCUUUUGUUGUAUAUUUGUCUCUCUUAUUUCGUAAGCUUCCUCCUAUUCCUCACUGUUGCCAUUCGUCUCUCAAUCUUGAACUCUUCAAGUGGUUUUUCAAAAACUCUUCCCUACUCUGUCCAUCUUCCUGUUGUGAUUUUUUUUUUUUUUUUUAUUUUCCUCACUCGCUCUCUCUCUCUCUCUCUCUCCCUGAUAUUAUUGUAUCAGUAGUGUCGAGAAAAGCCUCCUCUUUCAUUGAUAACAGUAGCAGAGCUGAUGAAGAUAGUGAUGGACGCUGUGUUAUUGAUGCAGGCAGUGGAUGGUUGGAGAGAAUACAAGGACUGGAUACAAUGCCAACAGAGUGGCUUGGUGUUCUGUUGCAUAUAUGCACUAACCCUCUCCCUCCCCGACAGAUCAAUAUCUUAUCACUUUGUCUCUGCUUUGAACAAAACUUCAUGAAGGAAGGAAGAGUCACUCAUCUCUAUCUACACUCAGUUGAGGCCGGAAGGAAAGAGACACUCAUGUCUUAA